AUGCGCGUUCCACUGGAAAUUCUCUAUCAGAUCCUACGGGACAUGAUGGAGACACUGCCCAUCAAGGACCUCUUCCGGGCCCGUCUUGUAAAUAGCCUUUUCGAAACUGAGAUAAUGUCCUUCCUGUCUAGGAGCUCUCGGUUGGAGACCGACGGCUUCGGAUGUUAUAAAGACAAGCGCGGUAACCUACAGCACCGGGAGCACAGUCCCAACAACAAACAGGAUGUGCCCGGGUGGGAGGCAUUUCCCCAUCGAUUGAAGGUCCGAAUUCUACGCCAGAAGCUGCACCGACAUGAAGAAGAAAGGCACCGCGGAUGCUUUCAUUUUUGCGGCGUUUUUACGCAAAUGCUAUACAACCAAGUGCAGAAGCGAGGGGUGACCACCACGCACGAGAAAGAGGCUUUGGCGGAGAGAUUGAUUAACGGUGUCGCUGCCAGCUCGCUCAGGCCUCAUGGCAUAAUCUGUCCGGAAUCGCUGAGGCUCAGGAUGAAUUGCGGCUACGAACGACUGGUGCCGGGGAGCAAGGGGGGACGGUCACGGCAGUUCAUCGAUCAAACAUGCGAGGUUCUACUGGCGUGCGGCGCGAUUCAGGAUGGAGAUGCGCGGGAACUCGAAUACCUGAUCCGAGAAGGGUUAGGUCGCGCGAUGUACAGCAGUCAAUGGGGGGUGAUGGUGCUCGAGCUGGGGGUAAGAAUCGGCAAUGCAGAGAUAAAUGAGGUGCUUAAGCGCAACAGUCCAAUGACGUUUACCUACGACGGUCAUGUAACAGACGUGCUUUCUCUUGCGGCACGAUACAACAAUAUCGAAGCCUUAGAGGUGUGGAUAGAACAUAUGAAAUACCGGUCUAGCAGUAAUGCAAGGCUACGCAUGGAUGUUGCCAUUCGCGCGAUGGCCCGAGCCGGAAAGACUGACAUGGUGGAGUUUCUCGUGGACGAGUAUGGGAAUUUCGAGCAGGAUCUGGUGUACAACGCCCUCGUCGAAGCUGUUGAGAACGGCCACCAGGAUACUGUGCAGCGGCUGCUGGGGCGCGAAGGCUUUGAUCCGAAUAUCGCUACCGCCGAGUUCCCGAAAGGGGCGCUCUUCUCAGCGGUGUGCAAAUGCAAACCGACAACGAAGAGGCCACUGAUGGUGAAAAUGCUGCUAGGGCAGGGGGUUGAUCCCAGAAAAUCCUAUCCGGGGAUGACCAAAACGCCCCUGCAAAGAGCGUUGGAGAAGGAAGAUGCCGAAACGGCUGCUGUCCUGGUGGAGUAUAGUGCUGAUAUCACGACCAAAUCGCUGCCUCGGGGUUCCAAGGGAAAGAAGUUGCCUCCGAUAUUGUUCAUGGCUGCUGAGCUGGAGGACGUGGAUUUGAUUCACUUGCUCGUUGAGAAAGGAAUCAAUCGCACCUUCAAAUGGGAGGGGAAGAGGUAUACACUCCGGCAAGAAGAUAACCCAAUCGAAAGGGCCUUGGGCACCAUGGGACGAGACGAGACGAAACGAAAGAACCCGACAAUCAACUAUGCCCUGGUGCAAACGGGCUAG